AUGGCUCCCAGGAAACGCACUCGCGAUGAAGCCGAGGGCACCUCAUCUGCAGCUCCGUCACAAGCCAGCAAGAAACGCAGAGGCUUUCGAGUUGGGCCCAACAAUCUCCCCGAUGGCCCAUGGAAGCGGCAACUGGCGAAGAAGAAGCAAACGCUCAUUCACAAGGCCAAGGUGAAGAAGGAGUACGCCAAGGUUAAGCAGAGGCAGCUCGCUGCUUCCGGAACCCCCCCAAAUGUUCCCGGUCCUACCGCGUCUUCCCGGCCGGGUAAUCCAGCGACGAACCAGGCAGGCAAAGAGCCCGAACAGGAGGAGAAGCAGCUCGGCACAAACGAAGAAGACGACAACGAAGCCCAUUCUUCCGACCCCGACGUCGCUUCAGGCUCAGACGCAGGCUCAGAAGACGACGAGGACGACGCUUCAAAUCCAGCCUCAGAACCCGCAUCCCCGUCAGAACACCACCCCCGCCCAACCGCCGACGACGAGGAAGACGACCAGAAAACAGACCUCCACCCAGACCGCCAAGCCCUCCUCGACACCGAACCCGGCGACGUGCCCAACCCGAACCAGAUCCAAGUCAGCGCGGCGAAGAAUAGAGGCUACGACGACCAGACCGCCCAAGCCGACGUCUUCGACCCCCACACGGCCCGCCGCGACCGCAACCGCGACCGCGCCCGCCAGCGCGCGGCGAACAAGCCGGGCUACUUCGACAAGCAGCUCCGCCAGGCCGAGGAGCGCAAGGCCCAGGCCGCCGCCCGCGCCGAGGAGGCGCAGCGCCGCCAGGAGGAAUGGGAGCGCAAGGUCGCCGAGCGCGCGCGGCUAAGGCGGGCCAUGGUGAAGGCGCGGCCAGGCGCUGGUGGCGGCGGCAAGAACGCGCAGCAGGCGAAGGGCCCGCAGAAGCGGAAGCUGGGGCGGGAGAGUGCCAUUAUUCUCGAGAAGGUUCAGAGGAUGGUGCAGCAGAGUUGA